AUGGGGAAAGCACCAGUCAAAGGUGUGUUUCUGGUGCUGGUGGCGUUAGUGCCCAUGUUCCCCGCAGUAGACGCCAAGAAGGAGAAGCCCAUGAAUGUCCCGUUCCCACAGGAUGCUAUCGACGAUGUACGCUGUGAUGUGUGUCGCCUCAUGGCAAAGCGCGCUUACGGUUAUGUGUACGAACUGUUCGUUACAAGUGAACACACUCGGAUUCCUGUCAACGAGGAAAACGUGCUUGUGGCAAUCGAGGACAUAUGCAAUCCCUUAGCGGCUUCGGGACAGUGGAUUCGGCAAGUCGCCGUAGACACUUCGUCACCGGCUGCCGCAAAAGGGCCCUUUCACAUCACACUUACUGAAUUGCCACAUCACUCGAAGUGCAAACGCACGUGCAAGACGCUGUCUGACGCUUGUGAGGCUGUUGUCGACGACGACGACAUGGACCAGUUCUCCUCAAAGCUCCUUAUAUUGAAGAAGUACAAGGAUGCAUCUGCUCUCGCCGAUGCUACUUGUGGGGUAUCGGCUUUCUGCACCUCACGAACAGGUUUUUCCUCAAAGAGAUACAAGGAGUUACUUACGCUGGUCGCAUCGGACGUUGUGGAGGUGAUUGAACAGAAGGAAAUGGAUAUUGAACGAUUCAUGGAUGAAAUGGAGCGUAAAGGGAAUAGGCGCCAGGAAAUCUACUCCCGGGAAGAAGUUAUAAAAAUGCAGAAAAGCCUAAUCGAGGGGGACAUUGAGACUGCAGCAGGUAUUGAUCCUUCCCUUAAUAAGCUCACGGAAGAAGAGCAACUGGCUCUGCAGCAAAUGCUAAAGAACAAACCAAUGGGUAAGAAGAGGCCUCCCGAGGACGCAGGUCAAGCUGCCUCUCCAGAGGGUGAUUCAGCGGAGGUGAACCCUGAUUUGUAG